AUGGAGGCUGACGUCUCAGCGUGGAGGAAGGAGACGAGCUGUCAGAUAGUUUAUCCUGCAGCCUCCUCGUCCGCUAACAACCAGCUCACCACAGGCCUCAUUCAUCCUUCUCGUCAGCCCGCAGACAGCAGCUGGCAGCUCGUCAGUCUUCAUGCAGAGGAGACAGCUGAGCUGAAGGAUGGAAGAGGCAGAGGGACCAAAAAGAGUGAACCAGAACCCUUAAAGGACUCCUCGAACUGGGCUGUCCAAAGUUCAGUAAGUCCACUAAUGCAGGUUCACACUGCAUGA